AUGGAGUCCUGUAUAGGGCUCCAGUACGGUACUCACUUGAACACCGUGGUGGACACCGGUGGUCGGGAAAAUCAUCUGACUGGAGAUGGUGGCAUUCUAGGAUAUGUUAUCGCAGAGGACUCCGGUAGCAGCUGCCAGACACCGACGGGCCUGAAGGACUGCAGCCUGUGCCGUGAUGGAGGCAAAGCAGCGGGUGUGGGAGAAGGUCGGCACCAAGGGUCAUGGAGGGGGCCUGGGAGUAUGCCCAUCCAGUUGUGUGUGUUUGUGGAUCUAGAGAAGGCAUAUGACCUGUACGUCCAAAGUGAGAGUGUGUACCGAUUCUCUACCGAUAAGUCGGACUUAUUCCAGGCCGAGGAGAUUGUUCGCAGGGAGUUGGAGAAGAAGGAGACGCCCAGUCUGUAUUGCCUACUGGGAGACAUAUUGAGGGACCAUCAGUACUAUGACCGUGCGUGGGAGCUGUCACGCCAACGCAGCGCCAGAGCCAUGCGCUCCAAAGCCCUGCUGCACCUCCACAACAAGGAGUUCCAGCAGUGUGUCGACUGUUUCGAGCAGUCCCUCAAAAUCAACGCCAUGCAGCUCGGGGUUUGGUUUUCCCUCGGGUGUGCCUACUUUGCCCUGGAGGGCCAUGAAGGAGCUGCCAGGGCUUUCCAGAGGUGUGUGGGACUAGAACCAGAUAACGCAGAAGCGUGGAGCAACCUGUCUGCGGCCUACAUUCGCCUCCAAAAGAAAAACAAAGCCUUUCUUACCCUGCAAGAAGCUCUGAAGUGUAACUACGAACACUGGCAGAUCUGGGAGAACUUUAUCACUGUUAGCACUGACAUCGGGGACUUUGCUGAAGCCAUCAAGGCCUACCAUCGUCUGAUGGACCUCAGGGAAAACUACAAGGACAUCCAGAUUCUUCAGAUCCUGGUAAAAGCAGUUGUUGAAAACCUGACAGACCGCCAGGGUGAGCAGGCAGUAACUCUCAAGUCCAAACUGAAGGAGCUCCUGGGACGGGUCAGUUCCCGGCACAGUACUGACUCUGAGAUCUGGCGGCAAUACGCUUUGCUGUAUGGUGACGGCCACAGCUCCAACCCAGAGGACAACGAAAAGGCACUACAGUUUUGUCAAAGGCCCAUCGCUGCGAGGUUCAGGCUGGUGGCUGGGAGAAAGAACCUG